GAGUCGCUCCUUUUGACCAGUGGCUUUGAUCAGAUAAGAGGUUGCAGCGCGCAUUCCUGUGCAGUUUACAGGUGAAGCUUCAUUGUGAAUGAUGGAUUGUUCAGAGGAGGUUCAGUGUGUGUCCGAAGAGCCCAGUGCUCAGAUGGAGCUCAAAAAGGGAAUGUCGAUUUUCAUUGAUAUUUUACGGAGAGCUGAUAAAAACGACGAUGGAAAACUGUCCUUUGAUGAAUUCAAAGCCUACUUCUCUGAUGGAGUCUUGACAGCUGAGGAAUUGAAGGAGCUCUUCCACACAAUUGACACUCACAACACAGACAACGUGGACACUGAUGAACUGUGUGAGUAUUUCUCCCAGCACCUUGGUGAAUAUGAGAAUGUUCUUGCUGCCUUAGAAGACCUGAAUAUGUCCAUCCUGAAGGCAAUGGAUAAAACAAAGAAGGAUUAUCAGGAGUCCACCCACCUGGAGCAGUUUGUGACCCGCUUCCUGCUGAAGGAGACAACCAAUCAGCUUCAUUCACUUCAAAGCUCGCUCGAGUGUGCCAUGGAAACCACAGCUGAGCAGACCCGCCAGGAAAAACAGGGACCAUUAAAGCCAGAAGUUUUGUCCAUUCAAUGGUCAGGUCGUCGCUCCAAUCGGAGGCUUCAGAGGAACAGCAGCCUCUCUCCUAACAACCCUCUCCUCAGUCUCAUCAACUCAGGUGUUUAUGAUGAAGACAGCCAGUGGAUGAUCCAGGUCAACAGACUGCAGAAGCUUAUCGACCGUCUAGAGCAAAAGGAGAUUCGUCUGGAGCCUGUUGAAGAGGAGGUCCUGGAGAGCAAAUCGCACAUCCUGAUAGUCCAGAGGCAGCUCUCGGUACUGGAGGAGGAGCUGGAGGAGUUUCGUUUGGCUCUCAGACAGUACAUGGAGUGUGCCUGCGCCCAGACUGGAUGUCUACACAUCGCAGUUCAGCGGCUGGCGAAUGAAUCACGUUUCAUUCUCUAUGAAUUCUGGGAGCACAACAACGUGUGGAAGAAUCAUCUGCAAACCAACUACAGUAAGACCUUCCAGAGGGGGAACGUGGACUUCCUGGAAACUCCUGAGUCCGUAACAACCAUGCUGGUGCCUGCCUCAUGGUGGGUCCUCAACAACAACUGAAGGUGGAUGAGCACCCUUCACAGAUCAUCACUGAUAGGUGCAGAGAGCAUCUGAAAGUCCACACACACACACACACACACACACACACACACACACACACACUAACUCAACACAAACUCGUGAAGUCAUGGUGAUUAGUAUCGAAUUUAUGACCUCCAUGUUCCUUCAUAGUCAGGUGUUAGCUGAAAUAGGCCACAUGUGCGUGUUUGUUUACACUCCUAGGCGAAAAAACAAAAGAAAAAGAAAAAAGCAAUGACUUCAUCAGAGCCAUCUGAUGUUCUGACAUCAUCACUGUGUUUGACGUGAUAUCAUCUGCAGCCCAGGGUAGAUCGUGGGAGCUGAAGCGUGCGUGACACAGCGAGUGUGUGUGUGUGUUUGUGUGUGAGAGAGGAGAGAGAGAGAGGACAGAUGUAACUGUAUCAACUGUAGCAGCUCUGGGAGCUCAUUAAACCAUUAUUCUGUAUGUAUUUAAUGUAUUCAAUAAAAAUCUGUUGGUCAUAAAUAAAGACGUUAUAUUGUUGUGUA